UGUUAGUAAACUAAACCCUGAGCACUGACAGCCUGGUUAGCUAGCUGUCACCAUCACGCCUCUCCACAUCUAGCUUCACUGAAACGUGUCAAUGCAAUGAGCCGGGGAUUUAUUGAUUAUGGCUAAACUACGGAUUCCGUUAGCCGUCGUGGUUGUGCAGAUGGUCCUGUACAGAACCAGUGAGGCUCUGUGGUGUAACUGCACCACCGCCCAGUGUGAGAAGUCUGGCUCCCAGUGUGAGACCGACGGAGCCUGCAUGGCCUCCACUUCCCUCAUUAAUGGCCAAGAGCAGCACAUCCGUAUUUGCAUCACGCGGGACAAUCUUGAGCCCCCUGGACAACCGUUCUACUGCCGUGGUGCAGAGGGUUAUCUCAACAUCCACUGCUGCUAUACUGACUACUGCAACAGCAUUGACCUCCAAGUACCCUCAGUCACGACUCAGUCUGGACUGGGGGGAGGUUACGGCCCAGGUGGGACAUGGGGCCUGGUGGAACUAGUCGCUGUGAUUGCAGGGCCGCUGUUCCUGCUGUGUCUGCUGCUGGUGGUGGGCGUGUUCCUGUAUCAGUACCACCAAAGGGCCUACAGCCACAGGCAAAGGCUGGAGGUGGAGGACCCCUCCUGUGACCACCUCUACCUGGCCAAAGACCGGACUCUGCAGGACCUCAUAUACGAUCUGUCCACAUCUGGUUCAGGCUCCGGUCUGCCUCUGUUUGUCCAGCGGACUGUGGCCAGAACCAUUGUCCUCCAAGAGAUCAUUGGUAAAGGGCGUUUUGGGGAGGUGUGGCGAGGACGUUGGAGGGGCGGUGACGUGGCGGUGAAGAUAUUCUCAUCCAGAGAGGAGCGCUCCUGGUUCCGUGAGGCUGAAAUCUAUCAGACCAUCAUGCUCCGCCAUGAAAACAUCCUGGGCUUUAUAGCUGCUGACAACAAAGACAAUGGCACAUGGACCCAGCUGUGGUUGGUGUCAGACUACCAUGAGCAUGGCUCUCUGUUUGACUACCUGAACCGCUACUCUGUCACUACUGAAGGAAUGAUCAAACUGGCUCUGUCAGCUGCCAGCGGCCUUGCACAUCUGCACAUGGAGAUACUUGGAACACAAGGAAAGCCAGGCAUCGCCCACAGAGACCUGAAGUCCAAGAACAUCCUCGUGAAGAAGAACUGCACAUGUGCCAUCGCUGACCUGGGCUUGGCCGUCCGUCAUGACUCUGCCACAGACACCAUCGACAUCGCACCCAAUCAAAGAGUGGGCACCAAGAGGUACAUGGCUCCAGAGGUUCUGGAUGAGACGAUCAACAUGAGACACUUUGACUCAUUCAAAUGUGCUGAUAUCUAUGCUUUGGGGCUGGUCUACUGGGAGAUUGCACGCCGCUGUAAUAGUGGAGGUAUCCAUGAAGAGUACCAGCUGCCCUACUAUGACCUGGUACCUUCUGACCCCUCCAUAGAGGAGAUGAGAAAGCUGGUGUGUGACCAAAAGCUACGACCCAACAUCCCGAAUUGGUGGCAGAGCUACGAGGCCUUGCGUGUUAUGGGCAAAAUCAUGAGGGAGUGUUGGUAUGCUAACGGAGCUGCCCGCUUGACGGCCCUGCGCAUUAAAAAGACCCUGUCCCAGCUCAGCAUUCAAGAGGACAUUAAAGUCUGAGCCUCGUCAGCAGAGCACGGCGAAAGAGCCCUGAGCAGGACCCGACUCCAGACCGCAGGACACUGAGAAGAAAGGGGCCGGGCCGUCUACAAAGAACGCACAAAGUCAGAGAAUACGAUGGAGAGUCGCACUUUGUAAAAUAUCACUCCAUAGACACUCCUGCCAGUUUUGAAGCCACUUGAUUUCUGACAAACCCUACCUCGCUUACCCAGCCAAACUACUAAGAACACCUUUCCUGUCUUGUCCUCAGCUACUGCUGCCCUACCUGAACCUUUUUGUUCCUCUCUACACACUACACUAACAAGGAUCCUUGGAUUUCCUGUGUUACUUGUAUGCAAUCGAUAUUAGGAUAUGUAAUUAACCAGUUAACGUUUUGAAAAUCAGUUGCUGAUAUUUCCACAAAGUCUCUUUGAUCACAGUUGGUAAUAGUUGUCUUCGAAAUGGGGGCAGGCUGGGAGUGUUUUUAACUUAUUUUUACUUAUUCUGUUCUUUAAAUGACUUGAUCUUGUUGUUAAUAUAUGGGUGUUUGUGAGGUUAUUUCUCUGUGCCACCUACAGCACACAGACACACCACAAACUGCUUAGAAAUCCUUCAAAGAGAAUAAUCCAUCUGGUUCUGCUACAACUGUGUGGUUUAGUUGUGUGCUGAUUCCCAUGUAAGCAUGUAAAAAGCAGUUUGUGUAAUCGCAGCCCAUUUACUUUCAACAAGGUUGUUUUGAGACUUCAAAGUCACUGGAGCAUUAGGGCAACUUGCCAAACAUGAUUUGGCCUUUGGACAACUUUCCUGGAGCCCUUCCCAAAUAAGCUGUUGUGAACCUCAGGUUUUCCUUAUGCUUACCAAUCGAAACCUUUUUUGUCUGUUUAGAACAAUCUGAAGCAAAAUACACACAUAGGAAUUAUUCAGCAGAAAUGUAUUUCACUAGGAUGGAGGGUAAAACAGCUGCCAGAGACUUUAUGUGUUUGUCUUAGCUGACACACUCACUGGGUUCAGAUUGGGACACUUAACAAAAACACACAUAGCAGCAUGCUACAUGUAGUACAUUUAAAUGGUAGUUAAUAGUAGUUAUUCCAGUCAACAGACCAUAACCUGCCAUGGGAGUGAACGUUGCUCCAGUCCCUCAGAUAAGCUGGUACUCUGCAGCAACCACUACUAUUUACACUGUACCUUAAAUAUGGGGCAAAGAUGUUUUUAAUUCCUUUUAAAAUUCCAGGAAUCGGAAUAUUUAGUUUUUAUGUUAAUUUUUUUAAUAUUUCAAAGCAUGUCCAAUGUUCUUUUCCCCUCAGGGCGCAUUUUCCCUGGCCAAGUAUAACUACUGCACAUAAACUAGCUUUUUAAGGUGAUACUUGUGUAUAUAUGGCAUUUUAAUUAGAUUUUGUGUUGAUACUUAGGUCAUGUUUUAGAUUGAAUCUUUUAUACUGGCUUUUUGGUUGGUGGGAAGAAAAUCUAAGACUUCUGUCUUGCGGUUUGUAAACAGAAUUAUCCACUUUCUGACCUCUAAAGUAACAUAACUAUAUGUAACAGACACUGUUUAUGUUGAAUUUCUCCAAUAGCCCUCUAUUACUGCAGAGCAGUAUUUGAUUUUUAAGUGAUGUUUCCCCUCACGGCUCCUUUUGUUCACCAUACAGUACCUCCUCAAUGUGGAAAUUGUACAUGGAUUGUUUCCUUCAAGCUGUCAUUGUCAGAAAUCACUGUCUACUUUGUUUUAUGUUUUCAGGAAAUAGGUGCACUUUUGUCUUUAGCGUAAUGCAGAUUCAACAGGUACUGUUUGUGUGUAGUCCCAUGUUAUUUAUAUUUGUAUGCCGUGAGUCCCUACGAAAGCCUGAAAGGCCACAUGUGCACUACUACUGACCUCACAGCAUUCAAACCAAAUUGUUCUCAGAAUCCUCUCUGGUCACGGCCUCUAGUGUUUAUUUAAGAUCACAUUACUAAAAAGGAGAUUGUUGUAACGGAUCAUCUCAAUCAGAUGCCGUACACUCCAUCUGACUGGAAACUGUAAAGAGAAUCUGACUUUUAUUUGGGAGAAGAAAUGUUGAAAUCAAAUACUACUGAAAUGUCUCAGUGCUGUCUCACAAAUGUGUUUGACCAAUACUUUUUAUUUUAAAAUCACUGGCUCACUGCACUGUACUGUCUUACAGGAUGUUUGUAAGAACGAAUAGACUGCACUUGAUGCUGUUUUUAGGCUGUGGAGCUCUUCUGUGUGUUAGGUGUUGGGAGUGUCAACCAUAUUUAUACACUAAAGGGGUAUGUUUGUCAAAUUGUAUCUGCCUUACAAUGUACAAAAUGCAUAGCUUACUUAAGGUUUUUAAUACCUUGCACCAAGUAUAUGGAAUAAUGGGGUCAAAUAAAUUAGGUAUUAUUCUACAGGUUGUGACUAGUCCCAGGUCUCUGUCCAGUCAAGGCAAAGACACAACUGCAUCCAUGUAAAAAACCCUUCAGGACUUCAAUCAUGUACCUUCUAAUAUAGAGUAAUAAAUGCAAUUGUUUUCCUAUG